GGACAGUCUCACGGCGGGCGCUCUCAGUCGCCGCCGGUGCUGAGCCGAGAGGAGCCGCUAUUCGUCCGCCAUGGCCGUCUCCUGGACCCUGCCGCUGAGCCUGCUGCUGGUGACAGCGGCGGCGCAGGAGCCCACGCCCGUCAUUCUGUGGCAUGGAAUGGGGGAUUCGUGCUGCCUUCCGACCAGCAUGGGCAUGAUCAAGCGGACUGUGGAGGAGAACAUUCCCGGCGUCUACGUGCGAUCUCUGAUGAUCGGCCCCAACAUCAUAGAUGACACCUUGAACGGCUUUUUCAUGCCGAUCGACGCCCAAGUGGAGGAGGCCUGUCAGAAGAUCGCUGCUGAUGAGAGCCUCCAGGGAGGCUACAACGCCAUGGGCUUCUCCCAGGGAGGACAGUUUCUGCGGGCGGUGGCGCAGCGGUGCCCCAGCCCUCCGAUGAAGAACCUCAUCACGUUCGGUGGCCAGCACCAGGGCGUGUUCGGACUCCCCAACUGUCUCGGUACUGAGGGUGUCUGCGAAAUCGUUCGGGAGCUGCUCGACUAUGGAGCUUAUGAAAGCUUCGUGCAGUCUCAUCUGGCGCAGGCCCAGUACUGGCACGACCCCCUCAAACAGCAGCAGUAUGUCGAGGUGUCCCAGUUCCUCGCCGACAUCAACAACGAACGGGAUGUGAAGAACGAGACGUACAAGGAAAACCUGAACAAGCUGGAGAACUUGGUGCUGGUGAUGUUCUCUAACGACACGAUGGUGGUGCCGCGCGAGUCCUCUCACUUUGGUUUCUACGCCCUGGGCCAAGACCAGGUGGUGGUGCCGCUGCAGCAGACCCCGAUCUACACGGAGGACUACCUGGGCCUGCAACAGCUGGACACAGACGGCAAACUGGCGAUGCUGGCGACGGAGGGGGACCACCUGGAAUUCAGCAUCGACUGGCUGGUGGAGAACAUCAUCAACGUGUACCUCAAGUAGAAGUUCGUCCGUAUCCUGUGAUGAAUGAAUAAAAACGUGCCGUGUGGCCAUGUCCUUCGGCUUAAAUGUUAUGUUGGAUAGUCACCGACUAAAUUCUUGUUUAUUUAGUUGUCCCUCGGACGGGGCUAAUUAAUCAUGGUGAUACGCUACGGUUAAAAUAAACAUUGUACGCAAUAUCUAA